GCGAGGCGCGCGCUGCCUCUUGCUUUCCCGCCGGUGCUGUGGCUCCGCGGCGUGCGGGGCGUCCCCACUAUGCAGGCGGACUCCUGACCGCCGCGAUGGCGAGCCGGGCGGUGGUGAGAGCCGGGCUCAGCCUGCAGCUCACUGGAGUCCGGGCCGCGGCCGCCGCCCCCGCCCGGGCCGUACUCUCUCUCUCCCGCCACCUCCCUUCGUACUCCAACUCCUCCUUCUCCAUGCCUCUCCUCCUCCUACUCGUAUUGCUGCUCCUCCUGCUGCUUGAGGACACCGGAGCCCAGCAAGGUGAUGGAUGCGGGCACACUGUUCUAGGCCCUGAAAGUGGAACUCUUUCAUCCAUAAACUACCCGCAGACCUACCCUAACAGCACCGUGUGUGAAUGGGAGAUCCGUGUAAAGGUGGGAGAGAGAGUGCGCAUCAAAUUUGGUGACUUUGACAUUGAAGAUUCUGAUUUUUGUCACUUUAAUUACUUGAGAAUCUAUAAUGGAAUUGGAGUCGGCAGAACUGAAAUAGGCAAAUACUGUGGUCUGGGGUUGCAGAUGAACCAUUCUAUUGAAUCAGAAAGCAAUGAAAUUACAGUGCUUUUUAUGAGUGGAAUCCAUGUUUCUGGACGAGGAUUUUUGGCCUCAUACUCUGUUAUAGACAGAAAAGAUCUUAUUACUUGUUUGGACACUGCAUCCAAUUUUUUGGAGCCUGAGUUCAGUAAGUACUGCCCAGCUGGUUGUCUGCUUCCUUUUGCUGAAAUAUCUGGAACAAUUCCUCAUGGAUAUAGGGAUUCCUCACCAUUGUGCAUGGCUGGCGUGCAUGCCGGAGUAGUGUCAAACAUUUUGGGUGGCCAAAUCAGUGUCGUGAUUAGUAAAGGUAUCCCAUACUACGAAAGUUCUUUGGCAAACAACGUCACCUCUGUUGUGGGACACUUAUCUACAAGUCUUUUUACAUUUAAGACAAGUGGUUGUUACGGAACACUGGGAAUGGAAUCUGGUGUGAUCGCUGAUCCUCAAAUAACUGCAUCAUCUGUGCUAGAGUGGACUGACCAUACAGGGCGGGAAAACAGUUGGAAACCUGAAAAGGCCAGGCUGAAAAAACCUGGACCCCCUUGGGCUGCUUUUACCACUGAUGAAUACCAGUGGUUACAAAUAGAUCUGAAUAAGGAAAAGAAGAUAACAGGCAUUAUAACCACUGGAUCCACAAUGGUGGAGCACAAUUACUACGUGUCUGCCUAUAGAAUUCUAUACAGUGAUGAUGGGCAGAAAUGGACUGUGUACAGAGAGCCUGGUGUGGAGCAGGAUAAGAUAUUUCAAGGCAACAAAGAUUAUCACCAGGAUGUGCGUAAUAACUUUUUGCCACCAAUUAUUGCACGUUUUAUUAGAGUGAAUCCUACACAAUGGCAGCAGAAAAUUGCCAUGAAAAUAGAACUGCUUGGAUGUCAGUUUAUUCCUAAAGGUCGUCCUCCAAAACUUACUCACCCUCCACCUCCUCGGAACAGCAAUGACCUCAAGAACACUACAGUCCCUACAAAAAUAGCCAAAGGUCGUGCCCCCAAAUUUACUCUACCACUACAACCUCGCAGUGGCAAUGCAUUUCCUGCACAGACAGAACAAACAACUGCCACUCCUGAUAUAAAAAAUACUACUGUAACUCCAAAUGUAACCAAAGAUGUUGCUUUGGCAGCAGUCCUGGUGCCUGUGCUGGUCAUGGUCCUCACCACCCUCAUUCUCAUACUGGUCUGUGCGUGGCACUGGAGAAACAGAAAGAAAAAAACUGAAGGCACCUAUGACUUACCUUACUGGGACCGGGCAGGCUGGUGGAAAGGAGUGAAGCAGUUUCUCCCUGCCAAGUCAGUGGAACAUGAAGAAACACCAGUUCGCUACAGCAGUAGUGAAGUGAAUCACCUGAGUCCGAGAGAGGUCACCACAGUGCUGCAGGCUGACUCUGCAGAGUAUGCACAACCACUUGUGGGAGGAAUUGUUGGUACACUUCAUCAGAGAUCUACUUUUAAACCAGAAGAAGGAAAAGAACCAGGCUAUGCUGACCUAGAUCCUUACAGCUCACCAGUGCAAGAGGUUUAUCAUGCCUACGCUGAACCACUUCCAAUUACUGGGCCCGAAUAUGCAACCCCAAUCGUCAUGGAUAUGUCGGGACACCCCUCAACCUCAGUUGGUCUGCCUUCAGCGUCCACUUUUAAAGCUACAGGGAACCAACCUCCCUCUUUAGGGGGAACUUACAGCACACUUCUCUCCCGGACUGACAGCUGCUCCUCUGCCCGGGCCCAAUAUGAUACCCCAAAAGGAGGAAAGCCAGGUCCAAGUGCUCCAGACGAAUUGGUGUAUCAGGUGCCACAGAGCAUGCAGGAAGUAUCAGUAGCAGGGAGGGAUGGUGAAUGUGAUGUUUUAAAAGAAAUCCUUUGAAGGUGAUGCUGCUUUUUACAAAGCAUCAUUUUAAAGCACAUGGCCUUUUUUUUAUUAGUGGUAGUAAUAUAUAGAAUGUAUUCCAUAUCUGUCACUGAAGUGGUUGGGGAAAAUGAGGUACAGGAAACUACUAAUCCUGCCAGCUUGCUUUGAGGGUGUAACUGUGCCACAGUUACUGCUUGCCUGUUAAAUUUCAAACAUCUUGUUUGUUACUACUGUAAACACUUCUUAAUACAGAAACAAGCUCUCUGUAAUGCACUUCAAAGAAAUUAAAAGUCACUGAGAGGUAGUAUUUAUUACCAGUGCUGCAGGUACACGAAUGAACUCAAAGAGAUGGCUCUGCAAGCCAGACUGGCAAUUAUGCAUGGUACUGUUCUUGAAAUAUCUAAUGGCUUGAAAUUCUGCUUUGUGAAAGGUGGGUACUAUCAUGAUUUCCUCCUUUUCUAUUCCUAUAUUGCUUUUUGAAUUUAGUUUUUAAAGUAAUUAUGAUUUGUGGUAUAAUCAUUGUUUUGAUUACAGUCAUAUACACUUACCCAUCUUCCAUUAGGAAGAGCUAUAGCUGGGAAGCUCUGACUUAUAAUGAGCAGGUUGAUUGGUUUUUCACUUUGACACUUUUAAGAGCUUUAACACUUCAUGGUACAUGACCUGGUCUCAUCACUGCUCAUUCUGCCCAGAGCACUUGGUGGCCAGCACCAUUUCUGUAUUUAUAAAAUGUUUGUUUUGAGUUUUUUCCAUGGGUGAUGCUUACGUUUUCAAUCUCAUGAAUUCAAGUCUUCUGAUGUCUUAAAGUGUAUUUCUCUAUGUGGAAACAAGAGUAAGCUUUAAAUUUAGAAAAACUAUAGAGGAGAGCCCCCUCCCUCAACUGUAUUUGCCGUGGGAUUUUUCCUAGGAGAGUUGUGAAUGGCGGGGGGCUGCUAAGCAAAUGUAAACAUGACUCAUUUAUGAAAGGUAAGAUCAUCUCCUCAGAAAUAAUAUAAAUUACCAAAACAAACAAAAAAAGUAGCUGCCAGGGUUUACCUACUUUUUGGUUUUAUAUAUAUAUAAAUUAUUCUUUGAGUCCCAAAGUAUUUUUGUUACUUUUAGUCAAAAAAAUAAUUUUUAAUUUCAGUUUUCCCCAGUAAAAUAUUAUAAGAAUUAUAAACACAACAUGUAGUCUUCAUUUCUGCCUGAUUGUGCCAUACACCUGUGUGGUAAGAGGUGCAAGGAGUCCUUUGGGUCAUAUUUAGGAAACAGACCUUAACAAAUGGAUAUACAUGCCUUGUGUUAGAUAACUCCUGGCAACUUCCCUGUCACCAUUUAUUCAUGACCUGUCCCUGAACUAGUUUUAGAUAGGGUGAAAUGGAAAUCAUCUGAAAUUUAUUACCUAUGGUGUUAAAAACUAUCUUUAAAAGUCCUCAGACUGGCAAGAUGACACAAGAUGUCGACCAUGAUAGAAAUAUAUUAAUUUGACAUCCCUUCGUCUGUAGUACCUUAGGGUAGAGUUAGUGUUAAAAUGUGCUUUCCUGUCAGAUUCUAGUCACUUCUGUUGAACUGCCUGUGCCGCUAAAUUAUGAUACAUUGUCAUAAUUCACUACACUUGAAUAGAAAUGAACAGUAUUCAUUUUGCUUGCUUCCACAAGUAUACCAAUAUUCUAAAACGUCGCUUCAAAAAUAGAACUGUUUUUUUUUAACAGCCUCCCUGCCCUCUGGUUUUAAGCUUUAGUUCAUUUUAUUUUCAUUUGCUUUUCCUUUUCCAGACAAACUUUGAGGCACAAUUCUAUUCAUUGAAGAACCAAUAUAUAUUUUGUUUCAAAAUAUCUGAAACAAAAAGCACAGCUGUUGAAUUUUUAUUAAAACAUAUGUGAAUGUGUCAAGCACAUAUAUUAAUGCAGUCAUCCUCUUUCAGGUGGAAAGAAUAAACAAAUUGAUUUAUUUUUUUAACCACCCUUACUACACAGAGAAUAUACUUUUCCUCAAAUUGUAAGCUUGCUUGAGGCUUUGAGAGAUUUUUUUCAGUAACUAUUGCAUUUUCCCAAAGAUGCUUGCUAUUUUUGUGUAAUAGUAUGCACCUGAUUGAUUUUCCCUGGAACAACUUUUUUUUUUUUUUU